AUGGAUGCUCUAUCAUCUUCUGCAUUGUCACUCUUUCAAGACUUCAUUCCACUACUCAUAGCAAUACUAGUUCUUCUUGUUGCCACCAUCUUCUUCUUAAUAAUCUGUUACCAAUGGCUCAAAUACCGAACGGUCUUCCUUCCCUCUUCCUCCGGCGAUGUCAGUGAUUUAGCGCAACCAACAACAGCGGCGUUCCGCCGCCACACACAUGGUUUAGGCGAGUCAGUUAUAAACACAAUUCCAUCGUUAAUCUACUGUACUAACAAUGAGCAAAAAGAAUCUCCACGUGAUUGUGCUGUUUGCUUGGUUGAAUUUAAACAAGAGGAUCGCGUUCGUACUCUUCCUCUUUGUUCUCAUACGUUCCAUAUCCAUUGUAUUGAUACCUGGCUUCGUUCACACCCUAACUGUCCUCUUUGUCGCUCAUGUCUUAGCUGUGGUAUGUCAGAGUCGCCUUUCAGACCUCUCAUGUCCGACAGAAUCCGCCCCUCUAUUGUUACAUCGGUGACGGAGAUCACCCUCCUCACUUUACCGACACGAGGAUCAGUUUAA